AUGUCGGCUGGUGUCCUUCCCACGAUUCCGAGGAUACAAUGGCGGACUUUCAUCGGGUCAUUGCUGGAGGAGCUGAAUCCUGCUGAUGUAGAACCGCUAGAGAGCACAGAUUUGACAUUUGAUAAGAGUCGAUUCAGACAAAGCCCGCCCAAUAGUUCCCCCACGUGUUGCAGCCUUCAAGACCGGAUUCACAUUUCCCAUUGCAACCAGACGCGUCGUGAAGACCCUCACCCUCUGGACAGAGGAGGGAACAAGCCAAACUUCGACGACGACGAGUUCGAAUUGGUCAAUUACCAACCGAUCCAGCAUCGUCGUCAACUUGAGGCACAACAAGCCCGCCGCGACGAGAAGCGAUUCGAGAAGCGGCUGUGGCUGCAAGCGCAGGACGAUAUGAAGUUUUCCCACAGCAUCCAAUUCAAUGCGGUGCCCGACUGGAGCAGCCAUUAUGUCGCUUACAGCAACCUCAAGAAGCUGAUCUAUCAGCUCGAGAAGACAGCCCACCAGGCCACCGGCGGCGAUGGUGAGUCGAGGCCGCUCAUCCGAAACGAAGAACCCGAAGAGGUCUUCAGUCGCGCUCUCGAUGUCGAGCUCGAAAAAAUAUGCUCGUUCUACGUGGCCAAAGAAGGAGAGCUCCUCGACGAGGUGAACGACCUGCUCCGGGACGUCGGCAACCACUCCGAAGACGAAGACAUCACGUCAACACCAGGGCGCCGGUCGUCUGACGGACUGCAGCGUGUCGCAAGCAACCCUGGUCGUUCCUCAGUUGACGACAACCUCGAAGACAGCGACGAAGAUGACGACGAGACAACCGGGCUCACCAAGAGCAGUGUCAGUGCGGGUGGCCGACGCAAAACCCUGCCCAACAUCAUGCCCCAGUCCAUCGGCGAUAUGCCUGCGUCUGGCGAGCUGUCAAGAUCUGGACGUCGGCAAAGUCUGGCCAUGGAUGAUUAUGCUGAGCGCACGUUCGCCUUUUCUUCUGGCAUCAUGCUCAAGAAGCGCAUCACCAGCCUCUAUGUUCAGUUGUGCGAGCUCAAGUCGUACAUACAACUCAACCCGACAGGCUUCCGCAAGGUCCUGAAGAAAUUCGACAAGACCCUUGACAAGGAGCUUCGGGUGAAGUACACGGCGGCUUCUGUCGACCCAGCCUACCCUUUCAAGCCUGAGACCAUGGAGACGAUCGAAGCCAACAUUGCCAAGAUGGAGAAGGCCUACACUGAUAUUGUCACCAAUGGCGAUGAGGCUCUCGCGAAGCCCAUCACCAGGCGCCUACAAGGUGACAACGACGACACGCCGGUCACGAAGGAGCUCAAGACACCGAUCGGCCGUUUUGCCGUGCCAAGUUGGCUGGCAAGCGCAGCCAUGUUGCAGCUCCUGUUGAUCAUUGCCAUCUUCUUCGUCAUUCUCUUCGCCCCGAUCAUGGAGAGUCCCGAGCAGCAGAACUGUCUAGCCCUGCUGGUCUUUGUCAGUCUGUUGUGGGCUACCGAGGCCAUUCCUCUCUUCGUCACUUCGUUGACGAUUCCCUUUCUCUGCGUCGUGUUGCGGGUCGUCCGAGCAGAGGAGAAGCCGUAUCAGAGGCUCGACUCAAAGUCUGCGACUGCUGUUGUUUUCUCCUCCAUGUGGACACCAGUCAUCAUGCUUCUCCUUGGAGGCUUCACCCUGGCUGCUGCACUGUCAAAGUGCAAGAUCGACAAGCGGCUCGCGACGUUUGUCCUCAGCAAGGCCGGUACCACGCCACGCACCGUUCUCGUCGCCAACAUGCUCGUCGCUGCCUUCGCAAGCAUGUUGAUCUCCAACGUUGCUGCUCCGGUGCUGUGCUUUUCCAUUAUUGAGCCCAUGCUGAGGACACUCCCUCAAGAUUCGGCCAUGUCCAAGGCUGUCAUUAUGGGCAUCGCACUGGCGUCUAACAUUGGUGGCAUGCUGUCCCCCAUUGCGUCACCGCAGAACGUUGUUGCUGUUGGCAUCAUGAAGCCCGCACCGACCUGGAUUCAGUGGUUCUUCAUUGUGAUUCCUGUUGGCAUCGUAUCGAUUGUGCUCAUCUGGAUUCUGCUGCUCAUCACCUUCCAGCCGGGCAAGGGCACCACCAUUGCGCCCAUCCGGCCUGUCAAGGAGAAAUUCACAGGCGUGCAGUAUUUCGUGUCCAUUGUGACCAUCAUCACCAUCGGCCUUUGGUGUGCUAGCCACCAGUUGGAGUCGGUCUUCGGCGAUAUGGGCGUGAUUGCCAUCAUCCCAAUUGUCCUCUUCUUCGGUAUCGGCAUUCUGACCAAGGAAGAUUUCAACAACUUUCCCUGGACGAUCAUCAUCUUGGCAGCCGGCGGUCUCUCGCUUGGCAAGGCGGUCAAAUCAUCCGGCCUGCUCCAUACCGUGGCCGGAAUCGUGUCGAGUCGCGUUGAGGGCAUGAGUCUCUACGGCGUGCUCCUCGUUUUUUCGACGCUGACGCUCAUCAUUGCCACGUUUAUCAGUCACACGGUUGCCGCUCUGAUCAUCCUGCCGCUUGUGUAUGAUGUUGGCAUGAGCAUGGAGGAGCCCCAUCCCAACCUGCUCGUCAUGGCUGGCGUGCUCAUGUGCAGUGCCGCCAUGGGUCUUCCGACCAGUGGCUUCCCCAAUAUGACUGCCAUCAUGAAGGAGGACCCGACCGGACAGAGGUAUCUCCAGGUCAGGCACUUCAUCAGUCGUGGUGUGCCGAGCAGUGUCCUCACUCUCAUCGUGGCAGUCACCCUCGGGUAUGGGCUCAUGAGGGUGGCUGGACUCGACUAG